AUGGAUGAAGCCCUAUCAUUUGAGGACCUUGGUGUAUGGGACGACUUACUUGACGAUGGAGUAUCGUCUGCAGGAUCCGAUGAAGAAUUUCCUGAUCCUAGAAGCAUCGACCCACGAAUCACUCCACCAGAUGUUGUCGAGAUAGACAGAUGUCUGGCUGAGCUGGAGGCUGAGCUUGCACGCCUCAGAAUGAAGAAGGCCCAUAUCCUCGCAAGUCGGGCCCUAAUAUACCGCCUCCCUGCGGAGAUCAUGUCCCGCAUAUUCGAGUUUGGGGUCCAUGAUGUCCCAGAACUCCUGACCGUGCUCUCUCUGGUUUGCCGUCAUUGGCGUGAACUAGCACUUGCAACACCUUCCUUAUGGACGUACAUCAUUUUGAAAAGCCCCUGGAAUAUUCCAUCCUUCGUGUGCAAAUUGCGCGUAUUCCUGGCACGUGCACAGAUGUGCAAGUUGCUAAUCGACAUCGACCAGAAUUACUUGGAUUUUGAGGAGCUACAGGAGGUGAUGGUAGAGCUCAGGCCGCACUUCGCCAGGUGCUUUUCAUUCCGUCUUUCCUCACCGAGCUGGGAUUUCGUAUCAUCCAUGCGCGAGUACCUGGCAGAUCUUGGACCGUCGUUGGAAAUGCUGCAUCUGCGGAUCCACGGAUCUAAUCUCCUGGAAUCGAUGCCCUACCGGACACUCCUUGCGCCAGAGUGUUCUCGCUUGAAGUCGAUUGUCUUGGAACAUAUUCCACUGGCAUGCAUCUACCAGUGCCACUUUUCUGCACUUCGUCGGUUGUACCUGAUGCGCGACCUGCAAUAUCGUGAUCGUCGCGGUCACAAUGGCCGGUUUGGUAUUUUCUUCAAGGAUCUGGUUACCACCUUACGCGCGACACCCACAAUAGAAGAGGUGCGGUUUCAAUCGGUCGCAUUCCUCGUUGAGGGGAACGAGGAAGUAUUCCAGAGUGACCCAGCUGUGACUAUCAUCCCAUCGCUCAGGGUUCUCUCUUUCUAUCUCGUAGAUUCGCCAAAUAUUGCACUCUUUCUAGAAUCGACCUCCCUUCCGGCGUUGACUCGACUUUCGGUGAACAUGGAACCGUCCUCGGACGAAAAUAUGCACUGGUUGUCGUGCAUGUCAUCUGCUUUACGUUCACGUUCACCCUCACUCCGGCAGCUGGAUUUGCGCGCAUGCAACAUCGAUGGGACAGCGCUCGUGUCUUUCGUACGUGCCUUGCAUCAGCUACCACAGCUGACUGCAUUGUCAUUAUCCUCGCCUCGCCUCGGCCCCCUCAGUAUGCAAUUUUUCGAGCUUCUUGCGGCAGGUCCUGCUACGACGGGCGCGUGGAUCUUGCCGCAGCUCCGCGCUCUAUGUGUGCAACAAUGCGGGGAGAUCACAGGACACGAAUUACUCCGUGUCGUCCGUGCACGGCGUGAUACAGCAAUAUCAGAUGCAAAUGGCAUCUGCUUUCUGAAGAUUGCCCACUGUGAGGGGCUUGAUGAGGAAGUGCUGGAGCAGCUGCGCUCCGUUGUGCACACGGUUCGCGUGAUCUGA